UGUGUGAGCCGUUGAAUCGCUCUGUCUGUAGCGCGUCUCCGGUAUGGACGGCUGCUUUACUCCGCAACUAUAUUCGAGUGAGUCUGCCACUGUUAUUUUAAAUUUGAUAAGGUUUAUAUGAGCUGGAAAUGGAUUUGUGAACGGAAUAAGUCGAGACUGAUACCGGAGUGAGUUAAGUCGACUACUAAAUUAAAUUUUCUGUUGUUCGAGUUGUUCAGGGAAGUGGGGAAAAUGCCAGUUGCAACUCUUCUGCCUUUUACCGUGACCCCGAAUAGGAAGUCUGCCAGCCCGACCUCUUUCAGGUUGACAGAGAAAUUCAUUUUGUUAUUAGUGUUCAGCGCUUUUAUAACCCUGUGUUUCGGGGCCAUUUUCUUCCUACCGGACUCGUCCAAGCUGCUUAGCGGAGUUUUCUUUCAUUCCUCUGCGGUGGAGACCAACACCCGUACCGGUCCGGACAGCAGCGACUCCGGCUCGGCUGGAAACGACGAGAGAGUCCUGGCCAAAAUCAGGAAAGACCACGAAAAAGCUCUGUUAGAGGCCAAGGAUACGCUACAAAAACGGCCCGACGAGAUAAAACAAGACAUUAUAAAUGAGAAGGCGAAAGUUGCGAAGGAGAGUAAGGGUCAAGAGGAACAUGGGAAGGUGGUCACUAAAUUACCUUUCGUUCAGUAUCACCGCCCACCGGGGGCGACUGGACAUGAACCUGUGGACCCCGAAACCAGGGACCGACGGGCCAAGAUUAAAGAGAUGAUGAAGCAUGCGUGGGACAGCUACAGGCACUACGCCUGGGGUUCCAAUGAGCUCAGGCCCGUCUCUAAGCAAGGCCACUCCAGCAAUCUGUUUGGAAGUAUAAAAGGAGCAACGAUUGUGGAUGCUUUGGAUACCCUCUACAUCAUGGAAAUGUUUGAAGAAUUUGAUGCUGCUGCUGACUGGGUAGAAAAGAAUCUCGACUUUAAUGUGCAGAUGGAGCUGCUCAUUCACACUGGAGACACUUUAGUUUGUACCAUGUGACCUAGUUCCACCUGCUGAGGCACAGAGGACCAGGCUUUUGCUUGGUACAGACCUAUAUUAGAGACAAGCCUUUAUUUCUAAUUUCCCCUGUUCCCCACUUAAUACAAACUCAAAACAUUCUUCAUGUUUGCCUGUAGUCUUGAUAAACACACCAGGAUGUUCCUGUCCACAGCACAUCAGCACAG